AACGAACCCGUAAGGGCGAUGUUUACAGAGUCCCCUGUUGCAUUUCAUACUCUCGUCUUCUCCGCCUCACUCUCUCUCUCCACCCCUAUAUCUCUUCGCCCCCAAUUCCAUUCUCUCUCUACAAUCCCCCAAAAUCUCCAACAACAACAACAAUGUCUUCUUCUCUCCUCCAAUCUAGGGUUCCACCACAACUCUCCUUCACUUCAUCACUCAACAAAUCGCAAUGGCGCUUCACCACUCUCCCCGCCGUUACAUUCACGCGCCGCGCAAAACACGCAACUGUCAACGCCAAAAUCAGAGAGAUCUUCAUGCCUGCACUCAGCUCCACCAUGACCGAGGGCAAAAUCGUCUCCUGGAUCAAAUCAGAAGGUGAUGUUCUCUCCAAAGGUGAGUCUGUUGUUGUUGUUGAAUCUGAUAAAGCUGAUAUGGAUGUUGAAACGUUUUACGAUGGAAUUUUGGCUGCUAUUGUUGUUCCUGAGGGUGAAUCGGCUCCUGUUGGAGCUCCGAUUGGCCUUUUAGCUGAAACCGAAGCCGAAAUUGAAGAAGCUAGGGCUAAAGCCGCUAGUUCUGGCUCUUCUCCGGCUACUCCGCCGCCGGCUGCACCACAGGCUCCGGCUGCUGCGGCUGUGGCUCCAGCUCCGGCUCCAACACCGGUUGCGGCUGCUGCGGUUGCGGAUGGACCGAGGAAGAUUGUUUCGACGCCGUAUGCGAAGAAAUUGGCGAAACAGCAUAAGGUGGAUAUUAAUAAGGUGGUAGGGACUGGACCGUUUGGGAGGAUUACUCCGGCUGAUGUGGAAGCUGCUGCUGGAAUUGUGCCGGUUAAAAGUGUGGCUCCGGUUGUGGCGGAACCUGUGGCUGCUGCUGCAGCUGCUCCGGUUAAAUCGGCACCUGCAUUGCCGGAUAUACCUGGGGCGACUAUUGUGCCGUUUACGACGAUGCAAGCUGCGGUGUCGAAGAAUAUGAUUGAGAGUUUGUCUGUGCCGACGUUUCGCGUUGGGUAUCCUGUUAUGACAGAUGCGCUUGAUGCUCUGUAUGCGAAGGUUAAGUCUAAGGGUGUGACGAUGACUGCUUUGCUAGCAAAGGCUGCUGCAAUGGCACUUGUUCAACACCCUGUGGUGAAUGCAAGUUGUAAGGAUGGAAAGAGUUUUACUUAUAACAGCAGCAUUAAUAUCGCUGUGGCUGUGGCUAUCAAUGGCGGUUUGAUCACCCCUGUUCUCCAGGAUGCUGACAAGUUGGAUCUUUAUCUGCUAUCUGAGAAGUGGAAGGAGCUUGUGGAGAAAGCACGAUCUAAGCAGCUACAGCCCCAUGAAUACAAUUCAGGGACUUUUACUCUCUCCAACUUAGGCAUGUUUGGAGUGGAUCGCUUUGAUGCUAUUCUACCACCUGGGCAGGGGGCUAUUAUGGCUGUUGGAGCUUCAAAGCCUACUCCUAUUGCUGAUAAGGAUGGAUAUUUCAGUGUGAAAAGUCAAAUGCUGGUUAAUGUAACUGCUGAUCACAGAAUUGUAUACGGAGCUGACUUGGCUGCCUUCCUUAAAACCUUUGCAAAGAUCGUUCAAGAACCCGAUAGCUUGACAUUGUAAAAUGUUUUGCAUAACAUGAUACGUCAUUCGGGUCAAUGGUCAAUGCAGCUAAGAAAAUUGGUUUGCAGGGGUAGCAUUGUUUGGUUUUAGCAGAUGCCAUGUUGUACUUCCAUUUUCGUUUCCUUUUUUUUUUUCCUCAUUUUCCGGGUAUUUUUUUGAGGUGAUUUUUGAACAAUAUCAAUAAAGACUUGCACUUACAUAUGCGCAUGUAUAUGUAUCUGUAUAGAGACCGAUUUUACGUA